AUGUUGAAAGACCUCCCCUUAGCGUUCCAGGCUCCCGGCGUUUCAGGGGAGAGGUCUUCUCUAUCGUUCAAAGGAUUGAAGAGCAUCGAAUAUACCGUUUCGCUUAUUACGGCAGAAGCGAUGAGGAUGACGCUUCACCGACCGUUUUUGGUCCGUGGUUAUACGGAUGAGAGAUAUGGUAAUUAUACGCAGCAAUGCGUUGCUUCUGGGAGAGCUAUCCUCAAGUACCUCAAAUACGAUAUCGGUCAGACGACAGUUCUUCUCCGAAGGUGGUCUGUUGUGUGUGUCGGUUUUACGGCUUCUAUUGUGGUACUCGUGGAUUAUUGUCACCAAUGGGGUGUCGGAGCGCUUCAAGAGGGAAGGAAGGAACUGGAGAGCGCGUUGAAUAUGUUUAGAACGGUUCAGGUUUCGUCCACGGCCGCUCAGAGUAUUGUUAUCCUCCUCGAAAGUAUGAUUGCCGCAGCCGAACACCGGAGACUAGCAUCCAACAAGCACUUGGGACGUUCUCGCUCAGGCCAUGACGAUGUUUGGAGCGAAAUAGUAAAGGAAGCUGUCGCAAACGCCAAUGCCAACGGUAAAAUCGGGCAACAACAUUUGGCUCUCUUGCUUCCAUCUAUCUUAUUAGUACCGGCGAACAUACCGAACCCGUCGUCAUUUUUGGUUUUACCCAAACCGAAGCAUAGUGGGUGGGAAAGGAAUUCGAACGAGUAUGAAGUGCAACCACAUCAUCAUGGCCGUACAGCGAACCAUCGUGAGGUGUACUAA